AUGGACAAUAGCCGGCAGCCUCCGCACCACCACCACCAUCAUCACCACCCCCCGACGCCUGCGAAGAGCCUGGCCGCUCCUCCUCGGGGCACCAUGCUGAGCGCCUCCAAACCUCUGGCGUUCUCCAUUGAGCGGAUCAUGGCCAGGACAGGCCCCGCCGAACCUAAAACUCUGCCGCUGCUGCCUCACUUCUUGCAGGGCAGCGCGGGCCCCAAAGCGGGAGACCCCCACGUCAAGCCACCGCCGGCGGGAGCGCUCAGCCUGGGGCCCUCCAUCCCGUGCAUGAUCCCUUUCGUGCCGCUGGCCUACGAGCCCUUCGCCAAGGCGGGAUCGGAGCCGAGGAAGACGCCCCUGGACCCCUCUCCGUCGUCGUCGUCCUCCUCCUCCUCUUCCUCCUCUUCCUCUUCCUCCUCCUCGUCCUCCCUGAGCUGCGCCCUGAACCUCAAGCCCCAGACCGCCGACCUGCCGUCUCCCCUGCAGACCCCCCACUACAAACUGGUCCGGCCCAGGGUGGUCAACCACUCCUCCUUCCACGCCCUGGGCGCCCUGGGCUAUUUCAGCCGGGUCUUCAACGCACACUACAACUUAACGCGCCACAUGCCGGUGCACACGGGAGCCCGGCCCUUUGUCUGCAAGGUCUGCGGCAAGGGCUUCCGCCAGGCCAGCACCCUCUGCCGUCACAAGAUCAUCCACACCCAGGAAAAGCCCCAUAAAUGCAACCAGUGCGGGAAAGCGUUUAACCGGAGUUCCACUCUAAACACACACACACGGAUCCACGCAGGCUACAAACCCUUUGUGUGCGAAUUUUGCGGGAAAGGGUUUCACCAAAAAGGAAACUACAAGAACCACAAACUGACCCACAGCGGCGAGAAGCAGUUCAAGUGCAAUAUCUGCAACAAGGCCUUCCAUCAGGUGUACAACCUGACCUUCCACAUGCACACCCACAACGACAAGAAGCCCUUCACCUGCCCCACGUGCGGCAAAGGCUUCUGCCGGAACUUUGACCUCAAGAAGCACGUCCAAGAGUCUAGAGACCGAGCCGAGGCCUUCCACCACAGGGAUGUGGAUUUCAAAGUGGACUUUGACUUCUCCUCAUGA